UCCCCCUUCCUCUCUCCUUCCACUCAAACUUUCUCAUCCUUCACUCACACAAAGUGAGCUCAUUUCUAUCAUGUCUUCAUUAGCUUCUGCAUCUUCAUCACCGUCCUCAUCCUCAUCCAUGAGUUUUCCCAUAGUGGUUAUCGCCAUUGUGGGAAUUCUCGGCACCGCCGCGUUCCUCCUCAUCUACUACAUCUUCGUCAUCAAAUGUUGUCUCAACAUCCGUAUCUCCGAGCCUGACCGUAUCCUCCGCCGCAUCUCCCGUUCUCGCCGGCGCCUCCAAGGCCACUUCUCUUUCACCUCCGCAUCCGCGCCCAUCGAACGCGGCCACGGGCUUGAUCCUUCUGCCAUCCGUUCCAUCCCGACCUUCCGAUACUCGUCGGCCGCCGCCCCUCUCGCGGCAGAAUGCGCGGUAUGUCUGCUCGAAUUCCGGGAAAACGAGCGGCUGCGCCGACUGGCGGGCUGCGGCCACGCGUUCCACAUCGACUGCAUCGACACAUGGCUCGAGUCGAAUGCGAGCUGUCGACUGCAUCGACACAGGGCGCGAGUCGAAUGCGAGCUGCCCGCUUUGUCGGGCGGAGGUAACGAGUUUUCCGGCGGAGGAGAGCGUGGUGAUAGGAAUGGGGGAGAGGUGGGUGGGGAAGGUGGGGAGCAUGGGGGAUGA